AUGUCUGGAUCCGCUGCAGCACCGGAGGCCAAGGCAGCUCCCCGCCCGGUCGCUGUCGCCAAGAAGGCCAUGGCCGUCCCCGGCCCUGCUGCCACUGCCAAGGCCGCAUCAUCCACUACAUCCACACCCUCUGCGCCUCCAACCUCCGCGGCUGCGAUUGUUCAGGAGGGAAAGAAGCCGAUGUCUGCUGCCGAUCGCGUGGGUGCCACUGGAUCCGCGCUGAACCGAGGUGUGGGCGCGAAGGCUGAAGCGGCCGGGGGAGCCUCGGGCGCGCCUAAGGCAAAGGCCAAAGCAAUGGGCGCCAUGGGCUCCGGGGGUGCCGUGCCCAUGCGCUACAUGGCCGGUGGUGCCGGGGCCGGCACAGCCGGAGCUGCAUCAGCUCCAGGCCAGCCCGCACCUCGCACAGUCCUGAAUAUCGUGAGCGGCAAACCGAUGCCCGCAUCACAGCCUGGUACAGUUGCCACGAGCUCCGUGGGCCCCGCACGUGGCUACGCGAAGGCUGCCGGUUCCGUGCUGACCGGCGCUGAUGCUCCCAAGGUAGGACCUCCUGCUGUUGCAGUUGGCCGCGCCAUGGCCGAGGGGCGUGGCGGAGUGACCCGUGAUGCCAAUGGCAAGCUCCGGGUCCCCAUCGGCAAGAAGUACCAGAUUAUCUUCGUCACGAGCGAGGUGGCGCCCUUCUCGAAAACGGGAGGACUUGGAGAGGCCAUGGAUGGACUUCCCAUUGCCUUGGCUGCACUGGGCCACCGCUGCAUGGUGGUCUCCCCCCGCUACGACCAGUACUCGGAGGCUUGGGACACCAGCUACUGGUCGUCGGUGCCGAUGGGUGGUAAGCAGGAGUCAGUGCACUUUUUCCACACCUACAAGCAGAAGGUGGACUAUGUCUUUGUGGAUCAUCCCACCUUCUUGGAGCGAGUGGAUGGAUUGACAGGUGCCAAGCUGUACGGACCGGAGUGGGGAAAGGAUUUCGCCGACAACCAGGCUCGCUUUGCCUACUUCUGCAAAGCAUCGCUGAAGGCCAUCCAGGAGCUGAAGCUUGGUGGAAUUGCGUACGGUGGUGACUCCAUGGUGGUUUGCAACGAUUGGCACAGUGCAUUGGUGCCAAUGUUCAUCCAUGCGGAGAAGUCCACAAACCCAGGCAAGUGGCAGAACACGAAGACCGCCUUCCUUUGCCACAAUGCCGUGUUCCAGGGCCGCUUCGUUCGCGAGGAAGGUCUGGCAGAGAUCUUCGGUGUCCCACAGCGCUACAUCGAUGCUAUCACCUUCAAGCAGCCUCUUCGCAUCGGCAAGUACAACGAGAAGGUGUCGUGCGUCAACACCAUGGCUGCUGGCCUCCGCUACUCGGAUCGCGCCCUGACCGUGUCCCCUUCCUACGCGAAAGAGAUCACUAUGGAUCCCGAGAAGGGCGUGGAGUUGGAGGCCCUCUUCAAGAUGGGCAACUGCACAGGAAUCCUGAACGGUGUCAAAGAGGGUGUGUCCCCAAGUGACAUGAACUUCGUCACCAAGACCAUGAUGUCUUGUGGGCCGUUCACAGCAGCGACAGCAGAUGCAGCCAAGCGAGAGCUGAAGAACCUCUAUCGCAAGCAGAACAACAUGACGGAGUGCAAGGGCCCCCUGAUGUGCUUCAUCGGAAGGUUGGAUGCCCAGAAGGGCUACGACCUCCUCCUCGAGGCACUCAUGGAAGUGCUGGAGGACACCGAACUGCAAAUGGUGGUGGUUGGCGCUGGCCGCGCUGAUCUCGUGGCCCAGACGAAAGCCGUUGAGAAGCAAUACCCGAACAAGCUGUUUUAUGCAGGCUGGAUGGGAGCGGAGCGUUAUGCUCUGCUGGCCGGAUGCGACUACACAUUGCUCCCGUCCAGGUGGGAGCCAUGUGGACUUGUGCAGAUGGAGGCCAUGCGCUUGGGAACGCUGCCCAUCGUCGCCCCAACCGGAGGUUUGAAGGACACUGUCGAGGAUGGCCUGAACGGGCUCUGGACGGAUGGUGAGAUGACCGUCGAGGCGAUUGUGGAGCAGGAGUCGGUGACGUCCUUGGCCAAGGUCCUGCGCCGAGCUUGUCAGCUCUUCCAGUCGGAGCCUGGUAAGGUAGUUGAGAUGAAGAAGGCUGCGAUGGCCGCUGCUGCAGAGUUCACCUGGAGCAAUGCAGCACUGCAGUACGAGGCCAUCUUCCAGGAGUUGGGCGUCAAGGACGUGCUGCCACAGUGCGGCGGACAUGCCACAGUCACGCUGGAGACAGACAAACAGGUCUGCUAG